AUGAAUACACCCAAAAUGAAAAACAACGAAUUAGUUUCUUCAAAGACUCGUUUUGAAGAUCUUUCCAACGAAUUGAUCUACGAAAUAUUUAAUUAUCUUGACAGCUGGGAAAUUUAUAAAACUUUGGUUCAAUUAAAUAUUCGCUUUCAACAUCUAUUUCGUAGUGACAUUUUUCGUCUCAAAAUUAAUUUACCAUCAUUAGCGAAACGAAAUUUUUUUCUUCGAUGUGAAAAACUUGUAAAACCACAUAUUAAUCGAAUCGUUUCACUUUCUCUAUCGAAUCAUUGUGCCAUCGAUUCGUUUUUCGAUUUGUUCUCGAUUGAUUCGUUUAUUCAUCUUGAAACGCUCAUUCUCGAUCGUGUAACAUCGAACAAACUUCUCAUUCAACUUCUUAAUUCUCUCGUAUUACUCCCACACUUAUUUACACUUUAUAUUACUUCAUCGACGUAUCAUCUAGAUGUAAAUCCCAUACUUCAAUGUAUUUUUCUUUUGCCUAAAAUCCAAUAUUGUAAAUUAAAAUGUUAUGGAGAUCUUGAAACUACAGUUUUACCAUUUAAUCAUGAUGAAAAAUACCAAUGUCAAACACUUAAACAUCUCGUUAUCGAUGGUGAUUUUUGUUUCAAUCAGCUUACUCCAAUUCUAACAUACGCUCCUCAAUUGACACAUUUAUCAUGUCGAUUUGAAUCGAAUUUCGAUUAUAAAACAGAUGAACCACCACUACCCAUACCAUCGUAUUUGACUGAUAUUAACUUGAAUUGUAGCAAUGUUUCAUUUGAUGAAAUUGAAUUUUUUUUAUCGAAAACGUCUCAUCAUUUGCAACGUUUACGUUUAACAAUACACGGAAACAACACAUUUCUUUGUGCUGACCGUUGGGAACAAUUAAUUAUGAAUCAUAUGCCUCAUUUAUACAUGUUCGAUUUCAUGUGUUUGAUUCGCAAAUAUGAUUAUCCUCAUGAUUGUAUUUUAUCAGAUCGAAUAUUAGAUAGUUUCAAAUCAUCAUUUUGGACAAAUCGACAAUGGUUCUUUCGAUAUCAAUAUCGGUCAAGUAAUUGUGGUACUUUUGAGGGAAUGUUUUAUUCUACUCAUCCGUACAGAAGAAAAUCUUAUGAAUUGUAUCGCUGUGGCACCUAUGAAACAACUAUCAAUUCAGUUUCUCAUUUGACGAUUGGUAUCGAUUCCGUGCCGAUGGAUACUUUCAUUCAUUUUCCAAAUGUGACUAAACUCACUCUGAUUAAAAAUGAUAUUGACAGCAAUCGUCCAUUGAAAAUCAAUCUCAAUCAAAUUGUUCCGUUGAUGCAACUCACUCGUUUAGUAAUUCGACAGUCUAUAUUUAGUAUUAGUCAACUUAUUGUUUUAUUACGAUUGUCAUUGAAUAUUGAAUCAUUAACUUUUAUCGGAGUGUCAUUUACCGAUGAACCUCAUUCAUUAAUCCGACGGAGUGAUCAAGCUUUUUCGAUAUCAAAUGCUAGUAAAGUUACUGAACUACGCAUCGACGAUGAAUGCUCAUUAGAAUAUGUUCAUUUUUUUGCUCGUCUUUGUCCUCGUGUACAAAAUCUUGCAAUUGUUACCGCCAGAAGACAACACGAAUCAAUUGUACGAUUCUUACUUUCAGGUCACCUUCAACAUCUUUUCUUCCUAUGUUUGGGAUAUUUAUCCACCGCAGAGGGCGAACAAAUCGAAAGAAUGAUCGAUCGUGACUCACGAAUUUUUCAUUAUACUAUAAAAAAUCAUCAUACGGGAUGGUAUUUGUGGUGGUGGUAG